GUUGAAAAUAUCCUCUUGCAUGACCGAGGCCACUAUGUCCUGUGUGACUUUGGAAGUGCCACCAACAAAUUCCAGAAUCCACAAGCUGAGGGAGUCAAUGCAGUAGAAGAUGAGAUUAAGAAAUACACAACGCUGUCCUAUCGAGCCCCAGAAAUGGUCAACUUGUACAGUGGUAAAAUCAUCACUACAAAGGCAGACAUUUGGGCUCUUGGCUGUUUGUUGUAUAAGUUGUGCUAUUUCACGUUGCCAUUUGGGGAGAGCCAGGUGGCAAUUUGUGAUGGAAGCUUCACAAUUCCUGAUAACUCUCGCUAUUCUCAAGACAUGCACUGCCUUAUUAGGUAUAUGUUGGAACCAGACCCUGACAAAAGGCCAGAUAUUUACCAGGUUUCUUACUUCUCAUUUAAACUACUCAAGAAAGAAUGCCCAAUUCCAAAUGUACAGAACUCUCCUAUUCCUGCAAAACUUCCUGAACCAGUGAAAGCCAGUGAGGCAGCUGUAAAAAAGACCCAGCCAAAGGCCAGACUGACAGAUCCCAUUCCCACCACAGAGACUUCAAUUGCACCCCGCCAGAGGCCUAAACCCGGGCAAACUCAGCCAAACCCAGGAAUCCUUCCCAUUCAGCCAGCCCUAACACCUCGUAAGAGGGCCACAGUUCAGCCUCUACCUCAGGCUACAGGACCCAGCAAUCAGCCUGGCCUUCUAGGCAGUGUUCCCCAACCUAAAGCCCAACCCACGCCCAGCCAGCCUCUCCCACAAUCUCAGCCCAAGCAGCCACAGGCUCCACCCACCCCCCAGCAGACACCUUCUACCCAGACCCAGGCUCUGCCCACCCAGGCCCAGGCUACACCCCAACACCAGCAACAGCUCCUCCUCAAACAGCAGCCACAGCAGCAGCCUCAGCAACCGCAGCAAUCAGCACCACAGCAGCAGAUGGCACCACAGCAGCCUGCGGGCACCUUUUACCAGCAGCAGCAACAGCAGCAGCAGCAGCAGCAGCAAGCAGCCCAGACUCAGCAGUUUCAGGCAGUACAUCCAGCAUCUCAGCAACCAGCUGUUGCUCAGUUCCCUGUGGUGUCCCAGGGAGGCUCUCAGCAGCAGCUGAUACAGAACUUCUACCAACAGCAGCAACAGCAGCAACAGCAACAGCAGCAGCUGAUGACUCAGCAGGCUGUGCUGCAGCAGAAGACCACUAUGGCAGUGCCACAGCCCCAGGUACAGCCAGCCACAGCCCCACAGCCAGUCGCUGCUCAGGAGUCCUCGCAGAUUCAAGCCCCAGCAAGACAACAGCCAAAGGUUCAGACAACCCCACCUCCAACCAUCCAGGGACAGAAAGUUGGAUCUCUCACUCCUCCAUCAUCCCCUAAAACCCAACGUGCUGGGCACAGGCGGAUUCUCAGUGAUGUAACCCACAGUGCAGUCUUUGGGGUGCCUGCCAGCAAAUCAACCCAGCUGCUGCAGGCUGCUGCAGCUGAGGCCAGUCUCAAUAAGUCCAAGUCUGCAACCACCACUCCCUCUGGCUCUCCACGGAACUCCCAGCAGAAUGUCUGUAAUGCUUCAGAAGUUUCCACUUGGAAUCCCUUUGAUGAUGACAACUUCUCCAAACUCACAGCUGAAGAGCUGCUGAACAAGGACUUUGCCAAGCUGGGGGAGGGAAAGCUUCCUGGGAAGCUCAGUGGCUCAGCAGAGAGUUUGAUCCCAGGCUUCCAGUCAACUCAAGGGGAUGCUUUUGUCACAUCCUCAUUUUCUGCCGGAACUGCAACUCCAGCUGAAAAAAGGAAGGGUGGGCAGGAGGUGGACUCUGGCAUUCCACUUCUAAGUGUAUCUGAUCCUUUCAUUCCUCUUCAAGUACCUGAUGCACCAGAAAAACUAAUUGAGGGACUCAAAUCUCCUGACACUUCUCUUCUGCUUCCUGACCUCUUGCCUAUGACAGAUCCUUUCGGCAGCACUUCUGAUGCUGUGAUUGAAAAAGCCGAUGUUGCUGUUGAGAGUCUCAUACCUGGACUGGAGCCUCCUGUUGCCCAGCGCCUCCCAUCUCAGACGGAGUCAGUGACCUCGAACCGCACAGACUCUCUCACUGGGGAAGACUCUCUACUUGACUGCUCUCUACUUUCUAACCCUACUGCUGACCUUCUGGAAGAGUUUGCCCCCAUAGCAAUCUCUGCUCCUGCCCACAAAGCUGCAGGAGAUAGCAAUCUCAUCUCAGCUUUCCAUGUCCCCGAGGGCUCGGAAAAGGUGGCAGAAGAUGAGUUUGACCCUAUUCCUGUACUGAUAACCAAAAAUCCACAAGGUGGGCACUCUAGAAACAGCAGUGGGAGCUCUGAGUCCAGUCUUCCCAACCUAGCCAGGUCUUUGCUGCUGGUGGAUCAGCUCAUAGACCUGUAGCCGAGAUCCAGUAGCAGAUGCAAUUCUGUAAACUUCAUGCCGUAAUACACAUUUUCAUUACGGAGUUAUGAGGAAAAUGAGGUUUUGUUUUUGUUUUUUUUUUAAUCUGCAAAUAAGGGGUCCUGAAGCCCUUUUCUCCUCCCCCUUGCCUUCUCCUGUAGAAACGAUAAGGAAAGAAAAAUCACUCUGACCCUCCAGAUACAUUCCGUGGCUGACUCUUCCUGUUAGUUUGCUGUGUUUUCUCAUUCCCCAUCUUCAGUAGCAUUAUCUUAAUUCAAGCGCUAGCUGCCCUGAGCUUCACCUCUACUGGAAUCCACUCACAGAAGCUUGACUGUCACUGAACCUGGUGACUGGCACUUGGUCUCACUCUUGCUAGGAAUGGCCCCUAAGUCAAUUGUGCAGCCCAUCUCCAGGGCCAGAUGCUGAUGAAUGCGUGUUCAUUCUUGCUUUUCAUCCUGAUGCGGUAUCAGGAGGACAUGGAGGCUAUAGCUCAUCUUACCUUCAGGUAGAAGCCUGGAGAGGAGUAUGCAGUUUAAGCAAGGGCAACACUGAUCGAUAGAGCGUGUUUGUGAUGAAAGAUUGCACUCAGCUGUAGCUGACCUUUGACCUUGUUUGGUCAUAGGCUGAGCCAAGGGGUCUAAUGCCCCAUGCAACCUGACCAGCAUCUGUCUAGCUUUCUGGCUUUCAUUGAAUCAUGAAUUCUCAAAUCUGGAGGCGUGACUGCAAGAACUUGAGGUCGUUGGAUUAAAUGUGUAUGUUAUAUAAAUCCAAGCCUUGCCAUUCCAUUUCAUUGUUACCUGGCCCAAGCCAGGAUUACAGAAUUAGACCAAAACAAGACAGUGGUGGGAAUAUGAUACCUUUUACUAGAAGACUUUUCACUGGGGGGUGGAUGGGGAAGGGAAGGAAUUGUAGCAGAAACAGAUGUAUUUUUCUUGUGAUUUUUAUUUUGAAUCAAAUAUUGUAAAUUGUGUAUAAAUGAAGAUGCUGAAUAGUUCUGUUUCCACUUGGCAUUUUAAGUCGAUAUCAGGUGUCUGUACAGGGUUUUGAUCUCUUUCCCUUGUAUAACCAUACAGCAACCACACAGUGUAACAUAUGGAAAUUAUUUUGAGUAGAUUGUAUGUCUUGCUCUAAGCUUACAGCAGGUCCCCUGUUUCUGUAGAACAAGCAUGUUGUUUAUUUUCAGAUAAUCAGAAAUAAGUGUGCUGGGCACAAUUUGACUGUGGCUACUUACCUUCUCUCUGGUGUUUAAAUUGAAGGCCAAUGGAAUAUGUUCAGUUGGCUUUCCUUGGCUUCCUAGAUUUAAAAGAACAAACAAAAAGUAGUUCUUCAGUAACCUUAGACUAUUGUUCAUAGAAUAAAUAAAGGCCCCUGCACUCACCUACAACAUGCCUCAUAAUCACCCUCUGUGUACUUACUCAUUAAGGUGUAUUUCAUUUCCUUAUGUGGAAAGCACUUUCAUAAAAACCAUCCUUUUGAAAAGGAGUGGGCACAGAGAACCUCCUUGUUCUCUUUCUUGCGUGUCAUUGUCCAGGAUCAAAAGGGAAACUCUGAGUUCAUCAGAUUUGUAUAAAUAAAAUUCCAAGUCCA